GGGCCACCAUUACCAUCUACUUCGUUUUCCUUCAAAUUUAAACUGAUAUCCUUCGAUUUCUCUCCAUCUCUCAGACGCAAUCUAAAUCCAAAAUCUAUUGCUGCGAAUAGUAAGAUGCAUAGCUCACUGGAGACCACGGCUCCGGCGACGUUGGAGCGACGAGAGUCAAAUCUUGGAGACAAACUGAUACUAAAAGGGUUGAAAUUUUACGGUUUCCAUGGAGCGAUUGCUGAAGAAAGGACACUGGGGCAGAUGUUUCUUGUUGACAUUGAUGCGUGGGUGAGUCUGAAAAAGGCUGGUGAAUCAGACAACUUAGAAGAUACAAUUAGCUACGUCGACAUUUUCAGCCUAGCUAAGGAAAUUGUUGAAGGGUCACCAAGAAACCUUUUGGAGACAGUCGCGGAACUUAUUGCUUCCAAAACGCUUGAAAAAUUCCAUCAGAUAAACGCUGUUCGAGUGAAGCUCUCAAAGCCAAAUGUUGCACUUAUUAAGAGCACCAUUGAUUAUUUAGGGGUCGAUAUAUUCAGACAGCGAAACACUAGUUCAAAGAACUGAAUAACCCAACAAAACUUUGUGUCGGGACUUAUAUCCAUGAACUUCUCUUACACAUCUUCAUAUCCAAAAGCUUUGAACUAUGUUAAGAGCUAAUUUAGAUGUUCAAUAUUUUCUUUUCUUUCCUUUAUGUUCUUUCGAAAUUGUCGUUAUUUUCUUAAUAAAUUACAAAGAGUUAUCUUCUUAAAAAGUCUGUUUAUGUUUAUUGUGUCUGUUUUUGUAAUUCUAAAGCAUCAUUGCCCAUUUAGGUGACCAGUGAUCACACAAAGAGUCAAUGAGCAUUUUCUUUUUGGCCGUUCAUGUGUUUGGUGU